UCAACUGACUAUAAAGGUGGUAAAUAAUACAUGUUUUUUUCGCAGACUGCAUAGACCCAUUAGAGAUACUGAAAUACAAGACGUUUCUAUUCUCCUCCUCUCCCCGGCAGGAGGAGCGCUUCUCUCUGGACCACUCCUCCCUGUAUGUAACGGAGGCGCGCACCCACGCCCGCUCCCGUGACGCAGCGCAUCCCCGUGCGCACAGAUGCUGGAGUAGAAGCGACAGGCGCGCUCAUCUCGGUGGGACUGAACGCGUCGAAGACCGGAGACGGGGGAGAAGAUCACCCGGUUUGCGUCCGUCAGGAGCCUCAGACGGCGGGGAACGAUGCUUAUAACGAGUCUCUCCGCUGGCAGCAGGACUUGAAAAGCUGCGGGCCAUCCAUCUGGACACUUUUUACAUUUACUCUGGCCCCUUCCUUUAUCUCCCUUCCCCUUUGAUAAAGAAGACAAGAAUCCAGGUAGUUAUCUUCCAGCUUACAUCCCUCUUUGGGGAGGCUAUUUAACCCCAGUUUGACAGCCAGUCAGGGUUUCUUUAAGCACGAUGUGGAAGACCAGGAUCCUCCUGCUGCUGUGGGUGCUUUUGGCGUCCGGCGAACUCCAGCAAGAGACGGAGCCGCGGAGACUCCCACCCCCGGGAAAGUUGGAUUUCGGUUAUGUGCCUGCGGGAGUUUACGAGACACUGGCCCAUUACGAACCGGGACCGAUAGGGAUCCUGUUCCACAUGGUGCACGCUUUUCUGUAUGUCGUGCAACCCAACGCUUUUCCAGAAGAUCUUUUUGUCAAACUGGCAAAGGACAAGUUUGGAGCCAUUCACACGGAAUAUCAAAAGCCAGAGAACAUAGUGCUGACCCUUCAGGCCAUCUACUACGAGAUAGGCUUCCUAGUAUGUGCGGCAGUGGGCCUGCUGUUCGCCAUUCUGAUGCCGAUAGUCGGCCUCUUCUUCUGCAUGUGCCGCUGCUGUGACAACUGCGGUGGCGAGAUGCAUCAACGCCAAAGGAAGAACGCAGACUGCCGGCGUGGCCUGCUGGGAACACUGCUCUUCUCCACCUCACUGGUCAUCACGAUCGGAGUACUGUGUGCAUAUGCUGCCAACCAGAACCUGAGCUCUCAGGUGAAGAACAUACGGAGAUUGGUCAACAGCAACAUGAGGGACCUGCACACCUUUGCUAAUGACACGCCAAUGCAAAUUGAUUACCUAAUAUCCCAAUACGCCACAGCCAAGAACAAAGUCAUCUAUGACCUAGAUAAUAUAGGUCCAUUAUUGGGUGGAAGGAUACAUGAUCAGUUGGAUAAGGAGGUUCAUCCUGCCUUGGACAGAGUGCUCAGUAUGGCUGGAGUGAAAAUCCAGAGAGCCAUCAAAGCCAUGCGAGAAACCAAGGAGGCCCUGGAAAACGUCAGUGUGGAUCUGGAGGUCCUCCAGGAAGGAACAGGGAAACUCAACUUCAACCUGAGCCUUGUCCGGAGCAGUAUCAACCGCACCCUCAACGACCCGGGCUGUCAUGACGAGAAGUCAGACGCCACCUCUGCCCAGCUGUGCCGCAACAUCCGCCAGUCACUGUCCCAGCUGCAGAUCAGCGCCAACUUCACACGGCUAUCCAAUGUGAACGCUCAGCUGGAAAAGGUGAACGAUGUAUUGAGAACGGACCUCAGUGCUAUCGUCCAGAGAGGCUACUCCUCUUUGAAUGACACGCCACAUAUGGUGAUUGAACAGACCAGAAGUGUUGUGGACAGUGUACAGAGUUUGGUGGAUGGCAUUGGCAAUAACAUCAGCAGCUUUUCCAAGGUAUUUCCUGUGCAGAGUUGCCUGUCCAACUUCACCAUCUUCAUUAGCCAUGCCCAUGCCAAGAUUGAGGAUUACUACCCUGAAAUUGACAAAAUGGACUUCUACAGGUGGAUUGGCUGUAUUGCUCUUUGCUGCAUGGUGGUCCUGGUCCUGGCCUUCAACUACCUGGGCCUGCUGUGUGGGACCCUGGGAUACGACAAGCAUGCCUCACCUACGACACGAGGCUGCAUCUCCAAUACAGGAGGAACAAUGCUCAUGGCUGGCGUUGGAUUUAGCUUCAUCUUUUCCUGGGUGUUAAUGGGAGUGGUGACCACCAUCUUCCUGGCUGGAGGAAACAUGGAAAAACUUUUUUGUGAACCCUUCCACACCAAAGAAGUCUUCAAGGUUAUUGACACCCCAUAUCUGGUCAACCCAGACUGGAAGAACUUCAUCCCUGGCUACAUGUACAACGACUCCGACCUGGAGCUGACGGCAGAGAGCUUGUACAGUACUUGCAAAGAGAACAAAGGCAUCUACUCAGCCAUGCGCCUGGACAAAGUCUUCAAUAUCUCCUCUUUCCUGAACACUACAGUGUUUACUAAGGAUGUGGUAAGUCAGCUGGAAAGUGUUAAGAUCGACCUGAGGGGAAUAAUCCUGUUAGAGGCAGAGGGGAAGCAGAACCUCCUGGAUUUCUCUGAAGCGGGGCUGUCAGAAAUCAACUAUGCAGACUACUUGGAAGAGGUCAACAAAGGAGUCACUAUGGUGGACCUGCUCUCAUUUGCCAGAGAGCUGGAGGCCCAGACAGACCUAAUGCCCAGAGGCGCUCUGCAGACCGCUCUGAAAGGCCACAUCAGCACUCUGCGGCAGAUCCACAGUCAACAGAUCAUCCCCAUGGAGCAGGCCAUGAAAUAUGUUAGAGCAAGGAGCGCAUUGAACCAGAGUAUGAGGUUCCUGGAGAGAACAGCCUCAGACCUGCCAAACAAAGUUUUAGCAGUUCUUGAUGCCAUUGAAGCUGCCCAGUACCUCAUCUCCCAGAAUUCCACACAUUUAAUCAAUCGGGAAACAGGAAAAUUCACAGCGACCAUUGUUGGCUACUUCCAUCAAUACAUUGAAUGGGUCAAAACAUCUUUGGCCAUGGAGGUUGCACCGUGCAAGCCCUUCAGCAACAUGGUGGACACAACGGAAAUCAUUGCUUGCAGUUUCUUGGUUGACUCCAUGAACACAUUCUGGAUGGGCCUGGGCUGCAGCACUCUCUUCCUGCUCCCGAGCAUUAUCCUAGCAGUGAAACUAGCCAAGCACUACCGCAGGAUGGAAACAGAAGAUGUUUACGAUGACAUUGAGACAAUUCCCAUGAAAACUAUGGAAAUUGGUAAUAAUGGUUAUCAUAGUGAGCGCUCACAAGGUAUCCCAAAUCCUAUGAUGACAAGCAUCCCUACCUAUGACACUAUGAACAGGUUCCCGCGGGCCUCGGCUCCUCCAAGGCACAUCGACUGGUGACAGAGAGCCGGCUCUUGUUCUGGCUCCUGAAAGUGCCCUUGAAAACUGGAACUAAAAUACACCAUACUUCACAGUUUCAUAACCCCUCGGACCAGCAGAAGCUCAAUAAAAGAUGGUUUCCUUACAACAGAAGAAGAAGAACACACAAAGCCAUUUGGGUGUUUUUAUCUUUAGCGGACAUCAAACUCUUCUCCCUCAGCAUCAAUCUGAGCCAGGCUUGUUCUGCAUUUUUUCAAAGGACUGCUGUGUCUGCGUUUACAUUUGUUAAGACACAAAACCAAGCUGAAAAUACACUCGGCAAGAGCACAUGACAAUAACUGUGAUGCCUGUUCAUUUUAAUGUCCUUGUUUGUACAUAAGAAGACAGUGGCUGAAAGGUCACCCGAAGGUCGUGGAAAGCUGUUUCUCCUGCACUUUGAAUGGAUGUAUCACAUUCAACACAAGCUUAUUUUAAAAGUGGGACAGUCUGUCAAUACAACUGUGAGGAAAGUUAAAAGUACUGUUUUGUUGAAAAUGGCACAUCCUUUUUAACUGCAGCAUGUGUAAAUUGGUGGGUGCGAUACCUUAAUGACUGAGAACUGGAUGAUUUGAACAAAGUGGUAAAAACAAAAAAAACAAAAAAAAAAACGAAACAGGUUGUUCCCAGGUGGAUUCUUGUGAUUAAAAUGAAGAAAUUUAGCAUGACUUUUUAAAAUGUUUACAAUAUUACAAAACAUCCAGAGUUUGACUGGUUUGGGGAAAAUUGCAAAUGACUGGUUGCCUUUCAGAAGUAUGUGUCAACCUGGCAUGUUGAUAGAUAUGCUCCUUCUCAAAGGGAAAAUCCACCCACGGAUGCUCUUACACUGUUGAAAAUCACCAAUCUGUGAUGUUAAAUGUGUACAAAGAAUUAUUUUGUGUCUAAAACGUACUUGAUACUUUUACUUUUUUAGCAUACCCAUUUUCCCUUAACCUGUGGCAUCUACUUUUGUGCUAGGUCUUCAUUUCCUACAUUUCCCAGAAUGCCUUUAAACAAAAAUUAUUAUUAAAAAAGUGAGACAAACUUAUCAUCAAUGAAUAAUAUGGCUUGUCGCUGCAUUCUGGUCUACUAAGGCUGAUGUCAAUUUGUGUGCUAAUUUUUUUUGCCACCCGAAAAACUUAAAAGAUAUCCAAUAUAAGAAAAAUCAGAAAGAAAAAGAAUUAGAAUCAGACAACAGUAUUUUAUUUAUAUUUUAUUAUACACAACAGAAAUAUGUUUGUUUUUCUUUCCUGUCUUGUUAAUCAUCUUGAGACCCCUCAGAUUUAUCUUGGAACCAUUUAGGGAGCCUCACCCCCAGGUUGGGUACCAAUGUCUCCAUUGUAGAUGUGCUGGAAAUAUCUAACCAUAACAUCCUGCCAUCAAAGUUUGGCCAUUAAUCACAGGAGUACCAACAAUACACCACCAAACAACAAAAUCAAUCAAAAAAAAUGCAUCACCAAAUACCCAUUACCAACAAUGAAAGUAUUUGGGGUGGAUUUUCCCUUUAAAUCACACGAUAAAAUCAGAGCAUGACUUCUUAAUAUAUCACACACUAUGACAGUGUCAUAGUGUGAGGCUUAUAGAUUGUUCCCUAGGUGAUGAAUAGAUUAAUAACACAAGCUAUCAUGUGGAGUUCACUAACAUGACAUUUUUACUGAGAUCUUUCUUGCUUUCACAGUGGUGAUACUUUUAAAGUGGAGAAAUAAUUUCUCAAGCCAAAUUGUUUUUUUUACUGUAGGUCUCAGGUCUUUAGUGGUCUAUCAGUUAUGUGCUUAUUUUAUUUCUGCUUUUUAAAACCCCACAGUAGCUAUGGAUACAUUUAAAAACUAUGGAACGAGUGAAUGUAUUCAAGAGCUAUUUUUUAUUUUGUAUUACUUGAAAUAUGCUGAACUCUAUCACUAACGCAUUGGUCAAGCCAAUCCAGUUAUCCCACCCAGCUUGCCUCCAUGUUUACAGGUUAGAUUUGCAGCAGCUGUCAGCAGUAAUUGUGGUGAGAAAUUAGACAAUCCAUUCAUGGCCCAUAGGACAAGUGAGCACUGUCAAUCAAAUAGUGGAAAACCAGUAGAACGCUUUAUGGUUUACACAGUUGAUAGUGUUGAUGCACACAGUGAAAAAAUAAUGUCCUUCUUAACACUGAAAGUUUGAAUUUUAUACUUGUGUCUGGAUGCGCUAACAGUGCAAUAGCAGAAUAAGCUAGCUUACAGUACCUACCUUACAGUACCAAAUGUACCAAAUUCAAUAUUUUCAUAUUUUAAAGUGGUCAUAUUAUGCUGGUUUUCAGGUUCAUAAUUUUGUUUUGGGGUUGUACCAGAAUAGGUUUACAUGGUCAUUUUCAAAAAACACCAUAUUUUUACUCAUACUGCACAUUGAGCAUUAUCUCUUUUCACCCUGUUUCUUGAAUCCUCUCACUUCUACUCUCACUCUAACUCCCUUUGGGCUGGACUUUGAGCUUUUUCAUUUUGCAAACCUGUUGCAUGCACAAAAAAUAUAUAACACAAUAAAGAAAAGGGGAAAAGCCAAAAAGCAUAAAAUGACCACUUUAUUAAAAAAGAGCUGCAGGAUUUUGAAAUAACUUUGAUGCUAGCUUUUUCAUCAGCUACCAUCAGCAUCAAAGUUGUGUGACUUGAUCCAACAAAACCAACUGAUUAGCAUUGAAAACUACAGAAAAUAUUUGAUCUCCUGUACUUUGUUCCCUUUUUAUGACCAUUUUUAAUCAAAUCAUAUAGCCCACAGUUUUCAUAAUUUUAGAUAAUGGUUUUGGCCAUACAAAGAUACUAAUCCAGGCUAGUUAGCUAGUAGCUACAGCUUGAAAGCUAGCUAACUUUCUUGUUCUACAUACAGUAGCUCAUAUACUAGUACAUACAGCACUGUAUACUACAAUAUACAUAGUAAUAGUAUACAUAAGUAGUGUGCAGUAUAUACAGCAUAUACCAGGAAAAAAUCUUUCCGUGGUGUAAAUACAAAAUGGCUUCAGUUAGCAAAAGAUUAGUUGACAGUUUUUUACUUGUUUCAUUGUAAUACCCAGUUUGUUGUUAAGAUGGACAUUUUUGAAGAAUCUGUGUGCUCACUUUGACAGGACUAUCAUUGGUUUUCUUGUCUGCUAGAGUCUGGAUGUGACCCAUCUUGGGAGAAAAGCUGUAUGAUUUUACUAAGUGCUUAAACUAGAUAGCAUGUAUCCGAACCCUGGAUGGAUGUGUCAGGACGGAUACAGUGGUAACUGGUUUGAACUGUGAUGCUCCAAAGUUGGGCACUGACGGAAGAGGAACUUUUUAUGUGGUGGUGAAAAGAGAGUGUAUAAAUUGUGAAUAAACUUUGAAAUUCAA